CUUUGAAGGGGGGGGGAGGCACUCACACCAUCAGCAUUUUUUCCGAUAGGCUACCGUCCAGGCUGCAAGGGCGAGGUGAAAUUUAAGCGUCAGAUGAUUGCAAAGAGAGCGCGGAGAACAAUGCCAAACCUUAGGAUUCGGGAUGCUGAAGAGAAACCAGGAGGGACAGAGGUGCAAAUCCGGGGUAUUGGGGGUUCCAGGUGAAAUUGGCGCAACAUCCAUGCACGAUAUGGCGCCAUUGACGAUACAAGGAGGGAUGGGAUAGUCACGACAAGACGAGUCAACGACGAGAACCCGGUGUCGAGAUGCGGCCAUUUCAUCACGUCGCACAGACAGCAUGCAAGGGGUUUGAGAGUGGGAUGGUGGUGUUGAUGCAUCAGAGUCGAGUCGGGUGACGGGUGGUGAUACCUGAUACCAUGAGCGAUGGGGGAAUUCGGUGGUGGGAAGAGGCAGCCAGACAACUCUGGUCGUAUGCGAUGCCCCAAGAGAAGUCAAAGAUGGAACAGACAAACAGGAUGCGCGCAUUCCAAGCGCGCGUGAGAGGAAAGGGAAAGGCCCAGUGAGGUAGUGAGGUCUGCAGUCAGUCCACCACACCACCGCCGCGAAUGGCUCCGUAUACGGCGGUUUCCGGUAGCCUGAGCAAGACCAUCCCGAAUGGCCCCUCGUCAGCCAAGGGGUUGGUCUGAGCAGUAUCGGUAUCGCGAAUUACUCACCCUUGGGAUGCUACAGAGACAUAUUCAGCGAUUGAGGACGAGGCAGAUUCCGAACAUAAAAAUGGGCAGAGGAACUCGCCUGCUCUCACCGAGACCAGAUCACAGUCAACUCAGUUGUCUACUGCACCCCUCAAGCAACACCAACACCACCACCGCCAAACAAAAACUUCAUCCAAUCUAACUCAAGAUGAUGUCCCACACAGCACCGACCUCCACCACAGAACACCAAGCAAAGACAUCGGCGUCAGUCGAGGUCAACAACACGGGCUACGUGCCCAAUUACAACGACACCGACUACAGCGACUUCCUGUACCUCGCGCCCCCGCUGUCGACCGAGUUCCUCCCUCUGGAACCCGCCGCCGACAAGGCUGCGCGGCCCAUGAUCAAGAAGUCCAAAGUCCGGCCCUCCGAGACGUUCAACACCGGCACCACCCCUCCCCCGACCACGCCGAUGGAGAAGCCGUACGCAAAGGCGACCUUCCCGGCGACCAUGAGCCGCUCGUCGACCUCGGACGACGACAUGGCCAAGGCCGCGGAACGGCGUGAGCGGAGACCCAGCUUCGUCGAGGUCACCCCCGUCAAGGUCCACCACGAGCACGAAAAGCACCAAGACGCCCACGGCCACCACCACCACGACGCCCACAGAAGACGGUCCUCGCACGAAUCGGAGCCCAUGGGCUGGUGGCCCGAGGACGACACCAAGGCCCAGCACGAGUGGGUGGAGCAGAACGAGGAGGAGGAUGUUAUUGAGGAGGACGUCUGGAGCGAUGCAUUUUACGAGUAAUAAUGCCCCUCCCCCCUCCAAAGUUCCUCUUUCUCUCUCCCCCGCCUGCUCGGUGUAUAGAGGCUUAUUUUUGGUGUUUUCGUUUUUCGGUUCAAAUAAAGAUUGGCGCCGGAUCUGCUUGAUUUGGGCGAAAGAGCGGGAUUGAAGCGAACUUGAGAGAGAGAGAGAGAGAGAGAGAGGGAGGAAAGGGGGGUGAACCGCCCUCUUUUCCCAUGUAAUAACCUGUAUAUACAUACCAUCCAGGGGAUCAACGUCUGCUCACGUAUUGAUGAAAAUAUACAUACUAUUUCACGACUCA